GGUCCCCGUGCGAUCACUCAAACUCAGUUACUUGGUUGCGAGAGGUUGUUGUGGGUGUGGUCGUUCUUAUUCUUGAAUAAACGGUGACUUGCUUUCAAUGUAUCGUGAUUUUACGUUAAGCGUGAUGUCAUAAACGUGGACGAAUAUUUUACGAUGGAAGCGCGAAAUGUCAUGGAAACCGAAUGUCAGAUUUAGAAAUCCGCGUUUAUAGAAAUAUGACGUGCUGACAAUAAAUCAAAUUACCUGCAAAAUGGUUUAUUAAGUGUGAACGAGGAGCAUUAUCAGUGGUGGUGCAGAAGUGAAACCCAAGCAUUCCAAAUGUCAAAGAUGGAAAGCUUGGUGAAGGAGGGAGAUCGGGGUGCUUAGCAGCAGCAGCCUCUUCUACAUCUUCCUACGAAGCGCCGUUUUGGUUUUCCUUCACAAGCAUGGGCGAAUCCUUAUGGCUCCACGAAAGGUGCCUGGCCCUGCAGCUGGUAAGAAAUGACCCUCCUCCAUCCCUUCCGCCCAAACAGCCCCAUCCAUCAUGUCAACGCACUCAUCAGAGAAGCGCCUCCAAGAGCAGCAUCAGUCCCAAACACUGUGCAGAACACAGCAACUCGAACUGCGCAGCCUCCCCUUCCACGGACAGUGACACGCCGACGCCCACUAAUGGGGCUUUGCCAACAUUGCCUUCUUCGUCCAACAGUAAUGGACCGUCUUCGUCGACUCUCAGCCACCUCAAUAAAUACCAGGAUGGAUACUUGCUCUUUCAGGCGUGGCAAGCAGCAAAUACAGUUUGUGUGUGGAAUACUGAGUUGAUGUUUGCGGUUCGUGAAGCCAUGUAUGUUGGUCUUCUAGUUGGUGGAAUACUCUUAGUGGGAGGUAGUUCAAAGGUGCUGGCAACCAUCACACACGCUUGGUCUAGAUCUCUUCUGGUAGCUCCCAUUGGUUUUACCCUGGCCAUGCUAGGUGAAGUAUCAGGCUGUAAGAUGACAGCCGUACCACAAGGGCAUUUCACUCCUCUAGCGGAUGCCCUCUGUUGGGUGAUCCACAGGCUAACUGAAGGGGGCGGUACCGCAGAUCCCGAAACACUUCAUUCCACUCUAAAUGCCUCAUUCCCUUCGCUCACUACCCCAGACUCCGCCAUCAUCCAUGCUACCCUUUCCAGCCUCAUUCAUCAACGUAAGGUCUACCACUCUGGAAGGAGUUACGGCAUCGUACAACCUAACACCUAUCAGUUGACUCCGGUCAUCGGUGCUUCUGAAAAUCCCUGUUCUGCUGAAUUUCCUGCACACACUUUCCAUCGAGGAAGCUCCCACUCCUUAUUAGAUCCAGCCAGCCACAACUCGUCUCUAGGAAGUUCUCACUUGAUCGUCAAGGAUGGUCUUUGCCACGCAAUAGUCCAGACAAACUUGGCUGAACUUAUCACUGGUGCUACUUUGCCUACAGAUAAAAUAAUUACUCCAAGAUCACAAAGUACCUCAAGGGUUCCACAUCCCUCAUUGGAGCGCCAAGCAUCGUUGGGAAUGCUCUCGAGUCGUCGCAAUCAUGCCCGAACCGCCUCACUCAGACUCUCUCCUACCAAGGUGGCUCAACUCGCCGAUGUCUUUGGGGACACGUCCGUCUCGAACACUGUUUGUAACAGCAACGUGUACGAAGCCAACGACAUGAGUGACGUCACUGUCAAAGUUGAGAGGGGAUCAAUGCUGACGAAGCUUUUACGAGUGUCCCCACGACGUCGCUUAGCCUCCUUUUCUGCACAGUUUCCUCCUCAAGAAUGGACUGAUCCCAAAGCAUCCACCGUCCAUCUCCAUUCAGUAGCUGUGCAGACUUCGUCCCGUCAAAAAAAGGACUCGAGUGAACAUCUGUGGUCUUCAUUACCAUCUUGGGCACCAAGAUCGUCAACCCUCCCGAGGAGAUUACGCCGGCCCCUGUCUUGUACCCCACCGCUGUCCCAGAACUCCAAUCCAGAAAAUUCGUCAUUGAUGCAAGCUUCUAGCCACCAUGCACUGGGCUCAGAAACUUUGCAUUCAAGUCCUCACUUAUUAGUUCACUCAACACCUCGUGUAACGCUCAUGCCUCAUCCUCACCUGUCAUGUAAAGGCUCUCUGGAUAGAUUGCAGUCAGAGCCAUCUCACUACUUCCUGAGUGAAACUGUCUUGAUGCCUGAAAACUACAGACACAUCUCACGGAGCGAACACAGCUUUGAUGGUCAGUACCACUCACUGGAUGAUAGUCUAAGCGUUGAAUACGGUGCUCAUCAUCAAAGUGGGAGAAUGCUCAUCAGAAAACAGGCUGCUGAAGGAAGGACUUCCCAACACUCAUCGCCUGAGCAUCAUGCAUUUGGGAUGAAGCCACACGGGAAAACUUUCAGGAAGCCCCCAACUCAAGGCAAGAGAUCUGAAGAAGGUCUGGCCAGGAGGAAAGGGGAGAUUCAUCCCAGAAAGAUUGAAGAGAGUAUUAAGGGAAAGGAAUUAACUUACAUCCAUAAACAAAAAUUGCAGAUUGGCGCUAAAGAAAAGCAUCAUAGAAUUCAUGAGAGUUGUUGCAAACAUAGGCUUAGUGAAAAAGAUAAGAAAGAUGAUCAGAUACACAGAGUUAGUGAGAAAGAUAGGAAAGACGAGCAGAUUAAUAGAUUUAGUGAGAAAGAUAGGAAAGACGAUCAAAUCCAUAAAUUUUGCGAGAAAGAUAAGAAAAAUGAUCAAAUACAAGGCGACGAAAGGAUACAAGUAACAGAUUAUGAUGAAACGCCUGUUCGCGAUCUGCCUAAUGGGUCCAGUGAGGCUAAACCGUCACAGAAUAUUGAGUUACAAGUUUCCAAGAACUGCGAAGAGAGUGAAUCGGGGGAAAAAUAUCAAUCACCUAAGCCUUUAAAGAGAGACGUGACUGACAGUUGUACAGGCGAGCAAGAUAUAACGGAUGUCCCGACUGGCAGUCGCCUUCAGGAAGACAAUAAACGGUAUUGUCGCUCAUCCUUGCAACUGGAUUUGACCACUCUUCACAUGAACAAUUCCAAGAAAAUAAUCUCCUCCCCGCAUCGUCCAGAAGGACUUAAGAAUAACAUGCUACACGAUAGCAAGGGAGUGAACGAUAUUUCUAAAGGGUCUAGUCAUGAUGUAAAUAAUCGGAAUUUGGGUUAUCGUGAUAUUGACAAAUGCCAUAAACAACCAUGUAGCCAGACACUCGACGAAGCUCACCAGGUCAGUGAGCCAGCACUGAACGUUCUCGCAGUUCCGGAACCGGAAGGGGAACGCCAAAAUCAGGUCAGCAAAGACGAACCGUCGAAGAGUAAAACUAAGACGCACCGGUCACCCAAAAAGAAGUUGGUUACGAGUGUCCUUAAGGAUCCCAACAUUAUGGCAGAGGAUAAACGUGAAGUGUCGCCGAAGGCCAUCGAUAAUAUCAGCCCAGAUGAUUCCAACGUGAAUGCCAAAAAAGUCAGCCCAGAAGCUGACGUUGCUUCUAUCAACACUUAUCCGAGUCUUUCUGAGUUGAACCUGAACUUCAGUUCCCUGGCUGCUCAAAAGAUUUUGCACGGCGUGAGUCACAAUAGCAUCGACACUUUAGUUGAAGUGAAUUUGGCAGCAGAAAAGCGAAAAAUCAAUGUGAAGCGACCGGAAGCUGUCACAAACACUGACUUUGGGUUUUUGUAAAAAUAGUGCUACGUUACAAUGAUAACUAGAUUUACUUCCUUUCUUAUAAAGUUUUUUGCCUUAAGAAAAAAGGACACAUUAUCAAAUUUGUUCAAAAUCAAAAUGUUCUUUACAUGAAACAAAUGGAGAUAACGGCAACAUUGCUCAGUGUAUCUGAGAUUUCUGCAUGCAUUGUUUUAUGUGGAUAUUAUUUUUAUACUGUUAUAUUGAGUUUUACAUAACUGGCUCAGAAAUAAUUUUCGUUACCUUUGCAUGUCUGAGAUAUCACUUCUCAGGAGUGACUUUAUCAAAAGAAUCUGCAAUUUCUUAAACAUUACUAUGUAAUACACCGUCCAUCUGCAACUGAAGCUAACAGUGAACUCAACAAUAAGUCCAGUACAUGAAGGUUUUGGAAAUAUCCUGACUUGUAACAGAAACACUCAGGGGAGAUUAUAAUUUUUCUGUAUUUCACUGCGUGUAUUCAGAGUCAAAGGUCGUUCAUUUCCAUUCAGAAGGUUCAUUCGUGCUCAGUUUUUAGCUAUUCAACACUUUACAAGGGAAAUGAAGAGGAAUCAAACAUGAAAUUUUAGAAGCUUGUAAAAAAUUAUGCCAAAUAACAACAUGGGAAAUAAACACUUAUUUUCUAACUGGAUUUUCCUGAAAUUUGCUAAAUGCCUAAUUUCAAUCUCAUUUCAAGUAAUUUAACUUGUAUCUUCUAUUUUUUACCAGUGCCUGCUAUUUCCUAUUUUUUUAAAUUAAAAUGAAGCAUAUUUUAAACAAAAAUAUUUGGCACCUUGAAUCAUUCUUCAAAUCAUAUGUGAAUUUGGACGUACCUUAGCUUAUGAAUCAGCGAAAUAGCUAAAGUCUGAUACUCUGCGUUUUGGGAUUCUUCUGAGGGAAAGCCCUCUGAGCUCUGACUGAUCAUAAACAUAAUAUAUUGUCUAGAUUUUCUCUCGUAAAGUCAUUGAGAGCUACCAAAGAUGAAGUCUCUCAAGAGCUAUGUAAGUGCCAGCAUCCCCCAACAUAUUGCAGCCAUUAGUUAAGAGCAGCAAAGAUCACAUCACUAAUUCUAGGCGUUCAACAACCAGUGCUAUCUGUCUCCCCUUUCAGAGAUAUGUAUACUCUCCAGUGGGUGUUUGUAAUUUGGUUGCAAUAGAAAACAUUCUUGAAUUCAAGAUCAACGAAAACAAAUUGAAAUCCAAGUAACGUAAAACUACAAGUAAAAUUGAGCAACUCGCACCAAGUAUUCACAGAAAUCAACACAAAGCGAAAUUUGGUAAAGCUAAGAUAAGUUGCAUAGUGAAGGAAUAGGAUAACAGAUAGCCUAUUUAGAAGUCUCUGUUUUCCGAUACGAAAUCUAAUCACUUAAAACGUUAGAACCUGUUGUGGACAUGUCAGUACUGUGAGGCCACAGAUGACGUGGAUUUUCCACAUGAUUAAGAGGAAGAACUGCAAAGUCAAUAUUGAACGUGUAACCUGUGUGCCUAGAGGCGAAUGAAUUUUAUUAUGAAAAGACAGGAAAAACUCUGGCUAUGGACAGGAACAGGACAGAGUAGAAAAGUAAUCACAGAAUACAGAUGACUUGUUGCUUACCUGCCGCUGCAGAGACGGAUGUGCUGAUUGUUGAGGUUCUUGGAUGAGUAGUGUUUGCCACGCCACAUAUGGAGCGCUCUCUCUCUCUCUCUCUCUCUCUCUCUCUCUCUCUCUCUCUCUCUCUCUCUCUCUCUCUCUCUCUCUCUCUCUCUCCAUAUCAUAAU